UCAUCAAUCAAUUAAUUUCCUGCUCCCUCAAGCGUGUUUGCACCCUUUCGCAAGAAAACAUCAUCACUUAGCAGCAGCAUGAUUCGUACCGUUGUCCUGUGCGCGCUGGUAGCUUUGGUGGCCGCCGAACCACCGUUGCGUUUCCGACCGCGAGCCGCCUUCGGCGUGCAGCGUCCGAACACUCGUUUCGCACGGCUUGAGGAAGCACCUCCGGCACCGCAGGAACCAGCUGGAUACAAUUAUCCUAAGCCGAUGUCUUCAGGUUAUCACUAUCCCAAGCCGGACCAGGCGUUCCCACUGCCCGGGGAGGAGAUGCCGCCUUCCUUCACCACCGAACCAGCACCAGCCGCCGAAACAACGACCCAAGCACAGGAAGAACAGCCCACGACUACGGAAUCCAGCGAUGCAGUGACGACCACCGCUGCCUACGAAGAUUACGAGGACUCUACUGCAGCGUUGGAACCAGCGGCCGAUUCCGACACUAGUGCGAAACUGCGCCGUCGACAGCAGCUCAGUGCACGGCGUCCAGCUCCGCUAACACUCAUCAACCGUCAAAGUCAACGUCUGGAGGACCUUCCGGCCGUGUAUGUGAACGAGCAGCAGGAACAGCAGCUGGUGCGUCCAGUCUAUCUCAUCAAUCUUCCCGAAUCGACCCUUCAGCAGCUGGUUUUGCUUAACAACGCGCAGCUAGCCGGCCUGCAGCUUGCUCCCCAGCCCACCGUCUACCUGUCCGAGCUGGAUUACAUCUACAAGAAGAAGUAGAACCUCCGACGAUCCAGCCUCCCAGAUACCGGUUUCCCCGUCUUCUAAUCCUAUGCCCGUUUUCCACACGCUAGAAUUAGUAACGAUGCACCCGCGUGGGACCAAAGAGACGACCUUUACGGAACGCUACUGUUUCGCGUGAUAUCCGUGCAAUACAUCUUGUACCAUAAUAAAACUUGUUACCUUUCGUCAUUGAAUU